AUUUUGUUUAACAGAACUUGUAAGUGAAAUCUACGCGAAAUACGAUGAUCGAUUGAAAGACAAGCUUUUCAAAUAUUGGCCACAAAUUGUAAUCAUUAAACCUAUCGGAAGUUUACUUCCUUCUUCGUCUGUUCACGAUCCGUAUGGCCGCCCUAAUCAUCGUCCCGGCCGUCCUGGCCGUCGCCCAGGGUAUAAACAGCGGCCUAGAAAAAUUGGAAAGCGCCCGGGAAAAAAAAUACCGCCACACUCAGUGAUAACACCGAGCAAAACUGCUAGACCACCUCCUAAAAAAAUAGAUGUAGGAAAUGAGACAAAUUCUUUGCCAGAAGUUUCGGAAGAAUUACCCGAACCUGUGGUACGAGAAAGCGAUUUAGAAACCACUGCAAUGCCAGUACCUGAGGCACCAACUACGGUAGAAUCUGAGAUAGACUCUGAAGUGGAUCCUGAGGUAGACCCUGAGGUAAACCUUGAGGUAGACCCAGAGGUGGACCCUGAGGUAGACCAUAAGGUAAACCCUGAGGUAGAUCCUGAGGUAGACCCUGACGUAGACCCAGAGGUGGACCCUGAGGUAAACCCAGAAGUAGACCCAAAGGUAGACCCAGAGGUAAACCCAGAGGUAGAGCUAGAGGUAGACCCUAACGUAAAAUCUAAAUUUACAAAACCUGAAGUACAAGUUCACAAUGGAACUGAAACUGAAGUCCCUCCAGUUACCACCAAUGAAAUUAGUAACAGUACUGAGAAUGAUAUUGAUGACGAAAAGGCACCAGACACUUCACACAAGAAGGACACCUCCCACGAGAAGGAAUCUUCAUGUCGGACGCCUAGCGGGGCGAAUGGCCAGUGUGUGUCGGUGUACAACUGUCAAGUCCUACUGGACCUGAUCAACAAGAAGGAUAGGACCACUCAAGACAUUGAGCUGCUUCAGAAGUCACAAUGCGGUUACAUUGGUUCUGCACCUGCUGUGUGCUGUCCACCGAAGCCAGCUGGUAACUGCUACACCCCUGAAGGUGUGGCGGGGCAAUGUGUUAGCUUGUACUCGUGCGCACAUUUAGCGAACUUGCUAAAACCACCGGUCCCGAGUGAGAGCAUCGCCUAUGUGCAGAAGUCAAGAUGCGAAGGUCCAGAACAAUACAGCGUCUGCUGUGGCCCCCCUCCGAACCGGGACCCUACAGUGAUACCCCCCGGUGGCUGCGAAGCCCAGAUGACCGCCUUCCCUCCAGACCCGAGGAGCGAAUGUUGUGGUGUGGACAGCAGAGUCGGAAAUAAAAUUGUCGGUGGUAACGCAACAACGGUAGACCAGUACCCAUGGUUGGUGAUAAUCGAGUACGUGAAGCAGGGUGUGACGAAACUGCUCUGCGGUGGGGCUCUCAUCAGUGGUCGCUACGUGUUGACAGCUGGUCACUGUGUCGCCGGUCAAGUUCUCACUAUUGGCACGCCACGACGAGUACGUUUAGGAGAAUACGACAUCGCUCACGACGGCAAAGACUGCGCGCCUGUAGAAGCCGGCGGCGAAGACUGCACAGAUGGAGUUAUUAAAGUCAACAUCGAGUCGAUCCAUCCUCAUCCUCAGUACAACCCUGCGAGCGCGUUAAAGAGGAAUGAUAUCGCUCUGAUCAGGCUGGCACAAACAGCACCGUUCACAGACUUCAUCCGGCCGAUUUGUCUCCCGACCAAGGACCUGACGCUGCCUCAGAACCGUCCCAUCAACUUUACAUUAUUCGCGGCUGGUUGGGGAGCAGUUAGUACGAGACAGUCCUACAGCGCUGUCAAGCUCCACGUUGAUCUACCUUUCGUUAGCCAAGAGCAAUGCCAACCAGUGUACUCACUACCCGGCCGCAGUAUCACGUUAUGGAACGCUCAGCUCUGCGCCGGUGGACAACCAGGCAAGGAUUCCUGUAAAGGUGACUCCGGAGGCCCACUCAUGUACGAAAAUGGCCGCACGUACGAAGUCACAGGAGUCGUCAGCUUUGGACCAAUACCCUGUGGCAUGGACGGAGUCCCAGGCGUCUACAGUAAAGUUUACGAAUACCUCGAUUGGAUUAGAAGCACUAUCGUCCCUUAAAUAGACUACACAAUUCCUAGUGGCCUAAUUUAAUUGGUUAGUUGAAAACCUGCGACCUGAUCUUUCGAAGUACAAGGGGACCUGUUGUUGAUACAAAGGGUCUCGUAAAUUUUUUAAAUGUGUUAAUUGUUUGUAUGUUAAGUCCAAUCGAAUUAGGUCGCUUCGCUACUAACGACAUCUAUGAUCGUCGAUUUAAAGACUUCUACCAUGACACAUCUUAGUAAUCAGAUGAGCAAUUAAUUUAUGAAAAAAAUAAUACCAAACGAUUUUUCCAAUAAUUAUUAUUUUGGACCAAAAUUAAUAAUGAAAUUAUUGACAUAAUCCGAAAACGUGUUUCGUGCUUAAAAGUCAAGUAUAAUUUAAUCAUAAUAAUUAGAUUUAAUAAUGCUAUUAUAAUUACUACAUUAUUUUAAGUCAAAUUGUUGAAGCUUGUUGUUCAAUUUGAAGGACUGAGGAUUGAUAGAUCAAUUUUAGGAUUGAUUCAUCAAUGAUUGAUAAAAUUAAGUGAUUUGGAGAUAACUAAAAAUGUAUGAAAUAUUGAACUAUCAAUCCCUUUCCUGCUUUGCCGGUAUUACAACUCGCGUGAUGUUAAGAUCUCAAGGCUUUGAGCUGGUUUAGAUCUGUAUAGUAUUUAAGUAAAACAUCGUCUAUGAGAUUAUUAAAAAUUAAAUGAUUUGUGACUAUUUUUCACUUGA